UCCAAAGCCGUGCCUGUCCGAACCAACUUCAGGACGCACCUCGCGGAAAAGUGGCCAAAAACACAUGUCCUUUGCGUGCCCUCGUCCUCUUACGCUCUUACGGUUUUCCCCGAGGAUUUUACUCGGACCAGAACGCGUGACCGGGGACCUGCGGAGCCCCUUUUCCGCCUCUUGGACCUCUCCUUCUCGCCGCUGCGAUCUGGGGACGUGGGCUGCCAUGGACCGCUGGAUUUAGCUUUCGUUUUGGGGAUCAUUCCUUUGGAUUGGUUCCGUUUGAACGGUUUUGUUUAUCGCACGGCGCGCAUAGGUGUCGCGUCGCCGCUAACGAGCCAAAAUGCCCGUAAGAACCAAGUAUAACCUGGUGGACGAUGGACACGAUCUAAGGAUACCGUUGCACAACGAGGAAGCGUUCCAACAUGGAAUCAACUUCGACGCAAAGUACAUUGGGAGUCUGGAUGUGGCACGCCCCAGCAGUCGAGUGGAGAUCGUGGCUGCGAUGAGGAGGAUCAGGUAUGAGUUUAAGGUGAAGAACAUCAAGAAGAAGAAGGUCCACAUCGUGGUGUCCACAGAUGGGGUGAAGGUGGCGCUAAGGAAGAAAAAGAAAAAAAAGGAGUGGACGUGGGACGAGAGUAAGAUGAUGGUGAUGCAGGACCCCAUCUACAGAAUCUUCUACGUGUCCCAUGACUCUCAGGACUUGAAGAUCUUCAGCUACAUCGCUCGAGACGGACAGAGCAACGUGUUUCGCUGCAACGUCUUCAAGUCCAAGAAGAAGAGCCAGGCGAUGCGGAUCGUGAGGACCGUGGGCCAGGCCUUUGAGGUGUGCCACAAACUGAGCCUGCAGCACACUCAGCAUAGCACCCAGCCCGGCACCCAACCCAGCGGACAGGGCUCAGAAGAGGGGAGUAGGACACCCACCAAUGAUCGCAAAGCCCUGUCCACUACAGAGGCCACGCCCAUCAGCUCAGAGGCCACACCCACAGAGGAAACAGACAUCGACGCUGUGGACCCCAGUCUGGUCCCAGUGCCAGAGGAGUCCAAUCCAGACAGAGGGGUCACCGACCUGGAUGCCACAGAGACGCCUGACCUGCACGAGGACAAGAAUGAGCCCUCGCUUCUGCUCUCCAGUCCCAGGAUGCUGCUCCCUCAGUCGCCUGGAGCACCUGUGUCACCAGGAGUGUCCCUGUUGUCAGGAGCGUCCCUGUCAGUGCACCACCACAUCCAGCUCCUCCAGCAGCAGCUCCAGCAGCAACAGCAGCAGACCCAAGUGGCUGUGGCCCAGGUGCACCUCUUGAGGGACCAACUGAGCGCAGAGGCCACAGCGAGGAUCGAGGCCCAGGCUAGAGUUCACCAACUCCUGCUGCAGAACCGAGACCUCCUCCAACAUAUUUCCGCCCUGGUGCAGCAGAUCCAAGAGCUGGAGAGGAGGACAGACCCCCAGAGCUUGGGGUCCCAGGACAGUCUACUGGAGAUCACCUUCCGCUCCACUCUCCCCCCGGUGCUCUGCGACCCCUCCACACCCAAACCAGAGGUGACCGUGCCCCCGCUGAGCCUGGGCAACACCUUCUCUUCCUCCAACGGGACAGCCGACAGUCUGCUAGUGGACCAGAGCAUGUUUGAGAACUCCAGUGCACACAGGCAGAGUCCCCAGGUGAGCAGGUCCGGCUCCAGCAAACGCUCCCCAGCCGCAGUGAGCCACAGCCUGGGCAGCAGUGCCUCGGACAGCCCCUCUCCUGGAGGUCAGCAGAGGCUCAAGAACGCCAUCAACCUAGGCAAGGCCAAGAUGACUGACCUGCUGAGAAGGAAGGAGCCUGCCCACAUCGAGGACAUUGGAGUAACCGAGGUCAACAAGAGCGUGGACCUGAGCUGGAGCCUAAACCCUAGCAGUUCCCUUUCCCCCCUGGACACGUUCCCACGCCUGGACCCUCCCCCUCCCUCGGGAAAGAAGAGGGUGCCCCGCGCCCUGAAAACCACCCAGGACAUGAUGAUCUCCUCUGUACCUAUGGUCUCCUCCCCCGAGUCUGCUGACCCCGCCUCCUGCCCGCCGACUCCUAACAAGACCCCACCUACUCCAGAGAAAACACCUCCCACUCCUGAGAAAACACUGCCCAAUCCUGAGAAAAUCACACCCACUUCUGAGAAAAACACACUUAAUCCUGAGAAAACCACACCCAUCAUCAGCCCGGACACGCCCCCCACGAAACAGGAAGAGGCGGGGCCAAUAGAGGAUGAACCAGUAAACAGAGGACCCUUAGACCCAGACUUGAGCCACACUCCAGACCUGGAUGAAGCCAGUUGGAUCGUGGAGGCCGCUCUGGAGCUGUCCAUCCCAGAUCUCAUCAACCAGGACCCUCCGGAGGCGUGGCUAAAGGGGGGCGGAGCCGACCCUGUCCUGGGCCCCGGUCAGGAUGUGUCUCUGGGGAACAGCACCGCCUGUGGGAGAGGUGGUGGGGAGGACGCAGAGGCACACAGCAGUCCAGACCUGCUCUCAUUUGAGUGAAAUCCAAAGAGGAGAGUUAAACCAAAAAUAAUGUAAAUAAGAC